UAAGUCAAGCAAAACCCACAGGUCUCCAGCUCAUGGUGUCUUUUUAUCUCCCUUUCUUACCACAAUGAGUCUGAAAAGAGGAAUAGAAGUGUGCAAGAAUGAAUGAAGAGGGCGUAGCCAAAGAGGAAGAGGAGGUCCAAACUGGUGUCUUUUGACAGUUGCAGGUUACCUAAGGCUAUAUUAGCCACAAGGUCUUACUAAAGAGUGAAACUGCCAAUUCUUCUCCUUCAAAGAAAAAUAAGGUUUUCCCAAUGGAUUCUCUAACAGCAUCAAACAAUAAAUUUGCUCUUGAGUUUAGCAAAAAACUAGCUGAGUCAGUUGGGGAUAAAAACAUCUUUUUUUCCCCCUGGAGUAUUUCUACUGCUUUGGCCAUGGUCUAUUUGGGUGCCAAAGGUAACACUGCAAUUCAAAUGGAACAAGUGCUUCAACUUAACAAAAUCACAGGAGCUGAAAUAACGAGUCCUCACUUUGAGAAGAAGAGGAAGACGGAACUUAGCCCAAACAAGGCAGAAGGCAUACAUUUUGGCUUCCAGGCACUCAUCUCAGAAAUCAACAAGCCUAGCAAUGCCUACUUGCUGAAGACUGCCAACAGAUUAUAUGGGGAAAAAACCUACCCUUUUCAUCAUGAAUACCUGGAAAAUAUGAAAAAAUAUUUUGAUGGAGAGCCACAAUCUGUUAACUUUUUGGAAACUGCAGACCAAAUCAGGACAAAAAUCAAUUCCUGGGUUGAAAACCAGACUGAAGGAAAAAUUGUGAACCUUUUACCAGAUGAUUCUAUUGAUUCCAUGACCAGAUUAGUUCUAGUGAAUGCCAUCUAUUUCAAAGGAAAAUGGAAAGAACAAUUCAAUCCUAAAGAUACUGUAGAAAAACCUUUCAGAGUAAACCAGACAACAACGAAGCAAGUGAAAAUGAUGUCAAUGAAAUGUAAUCUUAAAAUAUUUCACAUAGAAAAGCCGGACGCCAAAGGCAUUCAGCUUGAUUAUGGCAAUGGUGACAUUAGCAUGUUUGUUGUGCUACCAGAUGAUAUCAAUGGCCUAAAAGAGCUAGAAAAGACAAUCACUUAUGGGAAACUGAAUGAAUGGACUCAUGAAGACAUGAUGGAGAUGUAUGAUGUGCAGCUCUAUCUCCCCAAAUUCAAGCUAGAAGAAAGCUAUGACCUCAAAUCAACUUUGAGCAGCAUGGGGAUGAGUGAUGCUUUCAGCACAAACCAUGCUGACUUUUCAGGCAUGGCUGAAAGAAAAAAUCUAUUCUUGUCAGAAGUUUUCCACAAAUCUUUUGUAGAAGUCAAUGAGGAAGGUACUGAGGCAGCAGCUAGCACAGCAGAUGAGAUUUCAUUUCGGAUGAAACUCCCCUCCAUAACAUUUAAUGUGGAUCACCCUUUCCUAUUUUUCAUUAAGCACAAUAAAACAAACAGUAUUCUCUUCUAUGGAAGAGUCUACUCCCCCUAAAUGUUGCCUCUCACUCACAUAGUAAAAUUAACUUCCAGCUCUAGAAAUGCACCAAAAGAUGGGAAUAUUCCUUUGACUUGGAAAACUCCUUACCCACUUGGCUCUCCUUUAUGUAUCUUAGUUAAUAUGUCAUGAUAUAAAUAAUUUUGAAUUGUGGCAUGUUAUAAAAGUUGCCAUCUUUGAACACAGCUAAUCCUUGCAACUAUAAUUUUAAAUUUAUAAUUCUGGUGUUUCUUUAUAUACUAUUAUGGCAAACUGCAUUGUCAGUCAUUAUCUUCUUUUAAUAUUUUGUUUUAUGACAUUUGGGUGACUUAGGCAUUCUUGAUCUAUAGAUCUAAUAUUGUGGUAAUUAUUUACUGGAUCCUUUAUCUCUGCUCUGCCUGUUUAAAAACUAUCCAUCCAUCACUUAGCCAAAGAAUUAAGAAAAAAAGUAAUCACCAAAGUCUUUAUCGGGUGACACAGGCUCAGGUAUAUCAAUUUAUUAAGUAAUUCCUCAGAGCUAUGCCCCCCAAAAGCAAGAUAUUCAAAAAUGUCAGUUGAUUUUUCAUUAUAUGUUAUAGACAAAUCUCUUCCCUUUUUUAAAUAGAUGUAAGCCUUUAAGAAAACGUAUUGAAUAAAAUGUAUGUUCUGACAUUGAUUAAUAUCAGCCAACUAAGCAAGCAUUUGUUGAAUGCCUAUUAUGUGCUAGACACUGGCCCCAGAUGAUGAAUCAUUUACUCAGAGCACUUCCUGAAGCACAUUGCCUAAAGUGUGGGUGGAGGUGUUGUAAACUCUGUAAUUGCUGUCAUUAGCAAGAUGGACAAAAUCACUAACAUCUUGAAAUACUAUAGUUAUUAUUAUUCAUAUUCUUGAGUAGUAUUAUCCAAAUUCUUGUUUUUGUGAAAAAAAAUUUCUAAUUUACAAAUGUUUAUUAGUGGUUUUAUCAGGUAAUAUUCUAUUUCUGGAGGCCUACUGAGGUCUAUUAAAUUGCCUUUUCUCCCUAAUUAAUUUUAGGAAUGUAAAACUGUUAAAUAUCUUUUAUUUGUAAAAUGUAAAUAUUAGUCAAAUGUCUACCCUACCAUUUGAAUAUGUGGGCAGCUGUAAUAGAAAAAUAACUCCUGAAGACAACAUGGUGCUGUAUUUUAAAAUGAAAUUUUAUUGUUAUUGUGUCACAGAUACAAUUUUAUAGAUUUUUAAACAUGCUUUAUUUGUACAUCUAGUAGCUUCUAUUAAUGACAGUCAAAUAAGAUGAAUAAUUAUUUUAUCUAUUAUUGUGGCAUUUCAAUCAAUUUUAAUCAAUUAAGGAUUUUAUAUCAUUUUGGUACAGAAGUAGAGAUCGAUAAUGCAAUGACUACAAGAAAAGAUAAUCAGACAAGAGUAAAGAGAAUAUCUAGGAAAAAGUCAUUUAAAUGGACUCAACUUCAGAAAAGACCAAGUCUAUUUUGGAAGAGUAAAAUAAAUUGUACCUUUAUCAAGAAUCACAUUUUAUCUUGGGAAACAACUCCUUGUAAUAUAGCUCUAGGGAGGGAGUACAAAAAAUAUUAUUAUCCCCAUUUUAUAAUUGAGGAAACAGGCUGAGAAAUGUUCAGGAUUAUACAACAAGAAAUUACCAGAGUUGAGAUUUGAACCUAAUUAUUUAACUUCAAAUCCCAAACUAGGUGAUCUAUCAAAUAGAGUGAAAAACUUAAAACCUGGAAGACUCAAGUUAAAGCUCCACCUCAGAUAUUUACUUAAUUGUAUGAAACUGGACAAUUUACUUAACUUCUCUCAGUCACAGUGUCCUCAUUUUUACAGUAGUACUAAUUACAGAACCUACUUCAUAAGGUUGUUGUGAGCACCAAAUGAGAUAAUAUAUAUUAAAAACUUUGCAAAACUCUCUAAGUGCUAAAGAAAUACUUAUUUAAGUUGAAUCAUUGUUGUAUUCUAGAAAGACUAUUGAAGUUGGAAUCACAUAACCAGAGUUCAAUUUUUUGGAAAUCACUUAAUUUUAUUGGCUUAUUGCUCCACUAUCAAUAAAAGGUUAAAUCAGA